CUCUAUGUAAGGCAAAGCAUUCAGUCUUUCAGACCCACAGCUUCGAUGAUCAAAGAUGGCAGUUCCAAGCUCAGAAUUUUAUCAGUGGCUAAACAUCACUCACACACCCCUGCACAUUUUAAUGCCCCAAAUAAAUGAAUGAGAAAAUAUUUGCCACUAAAUGCCCCAGUAAUGAAUUCCCUGAUGGCUCCUAAAGAAGCUCAUGCAAAAGCUGCCCCCUGAUCACCACAUGGAGGUCUGAAGAGGACAGCUUCCACACAGGACUAUCCAAUGACACUUGUUAACUCUGGCAACUGGCAGAGCUGUAAAAAAAAUCUAAAAAAAAAAAAAAAAAAAAAAGGUGGUGAGGGCUAGAGUGCGCAUGCGCAGAGGCCAACCUCCUGUCCUGGGCACCGUGUCAGAAAUACCUUCAGACCAUCAAUGAGCUGCUCCAAGCUUGGAGAACAGCCGGAGAACCUUCUGUUGCUGGAAGAUGACACUUGAGAAGUUAGUGGUGGAUUUAAGAGGACUUGAGGGAAGGUAGAAAAAGAUCUCAGUGGAUUGGAGAAACUAAAGUGGAGUGGUGUAAAGAAAAAGGGGGGAUUUGGUAAGAACGCGCGCGGAGUUUGAGUGGGUACAUUACACACCAGGAGUCCGUGUUGGGUUCGCUGUGUCUCGGGGGGAAGACAUUUGAGAAGCGCGUAUUGGAGGACACACACACACACACACACACACACACACACACACACACCUCAGCAGUUUGCAGCUAUGGAUGGAUGCACAACUUUUUGCCAGAAGUUUUGAACACUGGAUUUUCUUUGUUUAAUGCUUUAUUACUAAAAAAAAAAAAAAAAAAAAAACACCAUCUUGAAGAUGCGGCAGGCUUUUAUCCAGACUCAUGCCAACCUGCUGGAAGUCUCAUGACACAUCUUGUGGAUCUACUGAUUUGGAUAAACCCGCAGUGUGUUUACGGAUCUAGAAAUUUUUUACCUCUCCGACAAAUGACCGACACUUUUGUAAAGUUCUGUCUUAGCGUCCUGAUCAAUCCUUCAGCAGAUCACCAAGUUCUUCUGUAAAGCCGUAACUGCGGCAGCAUGCGCAACGCGCCGGGGUUCCCCAUGGUCCUGGCGGUACUCCUGACCAUGUUAACGGUGAUGGACGUGAAGGCGAGCGGGGAGUACUGCCACGGCUGGCGGGAUCCGCAGGGCGCAUGGAGGGACGGCUUCCAGUGCCCUGAGCGCUACGACGCCGCCGAGGCGAUCAUCUGCUGCGGCAAGUGCGAGCUGCGUUACUGCUGCUCCAGCACCGAGGCGAGGCUCGACCAGGGCACCUGUGACAACGACAAGAGGGGCAAAGAGGAGCCGGGGGCGGGCCACGAGGAGGGCAAAAACUCCGGCGCAGUGCCCAUCUACGUGCCUUUCCUGAUCGUUGGGUCGGUCUUCGUGGCGUUCGUCUUGCUCGGCUCAGUGGUCGCUGUAUGCUGCUGCCGUUGCCUUCGACCCAAACAAGAGCCUGCUUCCGGUGGACGUCUCCUGGAAUCCAUCCCAAUGAUGACCUCAAGGGGCUCCUCCUCCCGCCAGUCGAGCACAGCCACCUCGUCCAGCUCUUCAGCCCCACCUGCCACCACUCGCCCUAUCCCCGGUCCUGCUCCCGCCCCCAUGUUGCGCGCACAGGCCUCGUGCUGCCUCCCGCCAGACGCCAGCGUCUACGUCAACAUGCCCACCAACUUCUCCGUGUUGAACUGCCAGCAAGCGACACAGAUCAUGCCCCACCAGGGUCAGUUUCUGCAUCCUCAAUAUAUAGGUUAUGCCCACCCUGUCUCACCCACCCCGGCCUUCCUGGACCCUACGCAGGGCGCCUACAGGCCACUGCAGUCUCCAUAUCCUCAGCCCACGAGUGUGACGAGUGUAACAAGUGUAACAAGUGUAAGCGGAGAGCCAAAGCAUCCGUCUGUGACUAUAUGAGAGGCUUUUUGUAUGUCUUUGUCACACAAUGGAGAAACAAGAAGGAAAGUCACGAGGACCCUGAAUUCCCGGGUCAGUUCAGGGCCAGGCACAGCAUUAUGUGUGUGUUAUGUGUGCUGCAGACAGUGUGUGUGCUGUGUUUGAGUUGAGAAGACAGCCAUCCACUCUGCAUGCUCCAAAGAUUAGCACACUUUAUGGAGAAAGUGGACCCUGUGUAAAUGUGGUCUCCUUAGGUGCCUGUCCCAUUAUUUCAUAAAAUGCUCUCUCCAGGCAUCUUCAUUAAGGUGGUACAACAAUGUCCAUCUUAGUUACGGUCUCUUGUAGAACAAAACCCACUUAUUGCACGAUGACUGAAGCCACUACUCCAUCAGUGGCUACUCCCCACCUAAAAGUGUCUACAACCUUUGCCUUCAUUUUGAAUGAUCUUAAAAGUUUUGUUUUUUUUAAACAACAAAAAUUUCUUCAGAGAAAACCUGAAUAAUCCUAAUAUAAUGUAUUAUUUUUUUCGGUUUGAGAAUUUAAAUAAAAAGAAAUACCAAUCUCA